UGUUUUUUGUCUUUUUUUCGGAGAAACCUCGUUUACAGCGGCGGAGGAUUACUUUGCGCUCUAUGCCGGCAGCUGCUCCGACGUAGACUUGUGUUUGGAUUAAAGAAGCUUGAGAAUGUUGCAGAGCAAGUCUUUCGUUAAGAAAACGAGGCAAGGGAAAGUAGUCAAGGUUGUAAGGGAGCAUUAUUUGCGGGAUGAUAUAUACUGCGGCGCGCCAAUUUGUAAAGUUUGUGAUGUUUCAAACGCGCGCCUCGGCUCGACGGCGUCCAGUAUUGUCGUUGUGGACACCAAUGUUGUUCUUCACCAGAUUGAUUUGUUGGAGAAUCCUGCAAUAGAUGAUGUGGUGGUGCUUUCAGUGGUGUUGGAGGAGGUAAAGAACAAAAAUCUUGCUGUAUACAACAGGCUUAGGGCGCUCUGCAGCAAUACCCAAAGGAGGUUUUACGUAUUCUCGAAUGAAUACCACAAGGAUACAUAUGUGAAGACUGAGAGUGGUGAAAGUCCUAAUGAUAGGAAUGACAGAGCAAUUCGAGUGGCUGCCCAAUGGUAUCAGAAUCAUCUGGGUAGUGCAGUUCAGGUCGUGCUUGUUACAAAUGACAGAGAUAGCAGAAACAAGGCUGUUAAUGAUGGGAUUCUUGCGAAUACAGUUGAGGCAUAUGUCAAGUCUCUUGGCCAACCAUCAUUGCUUGACCUUAUUGUGCAGCCUCCAUCUGAAGAUGUUCCGAUGGUUGACGCUGAUGAUCUAAGGCCUUUAAAGAGAAAAGUAAUAUAUCCUGAGCAUAAACCCAUGUCAGAAAUUACUUCAGGUUUGCAUCGUGGAAUAUACCACCAAGGGAAACUCAGGGUUAAUCGCUACAAUCCAUUUGAAGCAUAUGUCGGGAGUGAAAGUAUUGGUGAUGAAAUUAUUAUUUUUGGACGUUCUAACAUGAACAGAGCUUUUGAUGGUGAUAUAGUAGCAGUGGAACUUUUGCCUCAAGAUCAGUGGCAUGAGGAGAAAUCUCUGACAAUGGCAAAUGAAGAUGAGGAGGAGGAUGAUGAUGUUCAUUUAGUUCCAAGCAGUGCUGAUGAUGCUCCCAGAGUUGGAAAUAUGGCACAGGAUGGGGACAAGAAUACAAUGCCUACUCGCCCAAGUGGCCGUGUUAUUGGCAUUAUAAAACGUAACUGGCACUCUUAUUGUGGAUCUUUGGACCCAAUGCCCAUGCCUGGAGGUCAGGGUGGUAUUGCACAUGCUCUAUUUGUCUCCAAAGAUAGGAGAAUUCCUAAAAUUCGGAUACAAACAAGACAGCUUGGAAAUCUAUUGGACAAAAGAAUCAUUGUUGCUGUUGAUUCAUGGGACCGUUUAUCUCGAUAUCCUUCUGGACAUUAUGUAAGAACAAUUGGUGAAAUAGGUGACAGAGAUACUGAAAGUGAGGUUGUCCUGAUAGAGAAUGAUAUCGAUGCAAGACCUUUUUCUACUCAAGUUUUGGCAUGUUUGCCAUGCCUACCAUGGUCUGUAUCUUCUGAAGAUUUGUCCAAUCCCAUCAGGAAAGACUUGCGACAUCUACGCGUUUUCAGUGUGGAUCCUCCAGGAUGCAAGGACAUUGAUGACGCACUACACUGUUUGCCUCUUCCAAAUGGAAAUUUUGAAGUGGGAGUUCAUAUUGCUGAUGUCACAAAUUUUGUUCACCCUGGAACCCCCUUGGAUGAUGAGGCUGCACAGAGGGGUACUUCUGUUUACCUUGUUGAGCGGCGUAUUGACAUGUUACCGAAACCUCUGACGGAAGAUGUUUGCUCAUUACGUGCUGAUGUAGAGAGACUGACAUUUUCCGUGAUAUGGGAAAUGACUCCUGAAGCAGAGAUUAUUUCUACGAGGUACACAAAAGCCAUUAUCAAAUCGCGUGCAGCAUUGUCAUAUGUGGAGGCUCAGGCAAGGAUGGAUGAUAGUCGCUUAAUGGAUUCCUUGACGACAGAUUUGCGAAAUAUGAAUACUUUAGCAAAGAUAAUGCGGCAAAAGCGCAUUGAUAGAGGAGCAUUAACCCUUGCCUCUGCUGAAGUGAAAUUUCAAAUUGACACUGAAACACAUGAUCCUCUUGAUAUUGGUAUGUAUCAAAUUCGAGAAGCCAACCAGAUGAUUGAAGAGUUUAUGCUUGCUGCUAAUAUAUCUGUGGCUAGGAAGAUUCUGGAACAUUUUCCUCUCACUUCACUGUUAAGACGGCAUCCAACCCCAACAAAGGAGAUGCUUGAGCCUUUAUUGCAAACAGCUGCUGCAGUUGGUCUCAGUUUGGAUGUGACAUCUUCAAAAGCACUGGCUGAUUCACUUGAUAAUGCGGUGGGCAGUGAUCCAUACUUCAACAAGCUGAUCCGCAUUCUGGCAACAAGAUGCAUGACUCAGGCUGUGUACUUCUGUAGUGGAGAUCUAAGCCCUCCAGAGUUUUUCCAUUAUGGCCUUGCCGCCCCUAUGUACACCCAUUUCACUUCUCCCAUAAGAAGAUAUGCCGAUGUCAUUGUUCAUCGUUUGCUUGCUGCUGCAUUGGGGAUAUACAAGCUCCCUGACAUAUUCCAGGACAGACCUCGGCUUGCUAGCAUUGCCGACAAUCUAAAUUAUCGCCACAAGAAUGCCCAGAUGGCUAGCCGGGCAUCAGUUGAGCUCCAUACACUAAUUUAUUUCCGGAACAGGCCAACUGAUACUGAGGCAAGAAUACUCAAGAUAAGAUCGAAUGGCUUCAUUGUCUUUGUGCCCAAAUAUGGGAUCGAAGGUCCCGUGUACUUGAUGGCGAGAGGCCAAAAGGGAGUUGGGGGAGACUGGAUUAUCGAUGAACAACAACAGAGUAUUAGGAAAGCCGAUGGUAAAGUUUCCUACGGCGUUCUGCAGACUGUGAAUAUCCACUUGGAGAUCGUCGAGCCGCAGCCACACCGGCCGAAGCUUCAGCUCACUCUUAUAUGAAAAUUAUUAGGGUGUUUUAUAAUUCAUCUUGUUAGAGAAUGCAGCUACAUAUGUAUACACAAAUAUUCAUAUAUAUAUAUAUCUGUGUGUAUAUUUUAUAAGAUUA